GGCUCCGCCAUGGCGGCAGCGCCGGAAGGGGCGGGCGGGGCCGGGCGGCGGCGCCAUGGUGAACCUGGGGCUGCGGCGGGUGGAGGACGGCGUGGCCGCCAAGCACCCGGCGCUGCCGCAGUAUGCCGCCUGCCAGUCCCACGCCUUCAUGAAGGGCAUCGGCGCCUUCCUGGCAGGCAGCGGAGCCGCCUUCGCCGUGCAGAAGCUGGUGAACAAGAAGCUGCCGUACAGCCUGCAGUGGAGCCUUCUGCUGGCGGGGGCCACAGGGUCCCUUGCCAGCUAUGUGGUAACCAGAGCUGAGACAAGGAAAUGCUCCAACUUCUGGAUUUACCUGGAGACAGGCAAGUCCCCACAGGAGCUCGCCACAGCUGGUAGGUGUCUCGGCCCACAGGUAUGUUCACAUCUCUCGCUGCUGCUUUCCCUGGGCUUGUCAUGCCUGAUUCUUCCCUGCUGCACCAGUUUACUCUUCUUGCCUCAUAAUUAAGCUGAUGACUUUGUGUCGUUGCCAAAAUCCCCAUGUAAGUCUCACGCUGUCAGCCUGCAGCUGAGGGAUGGGAGCAGUGCUAGGAUGGCUGGAGCACCCUGCCUGGUCUCUGCCUCCCGCGUCUCCCCAUGCUCUGGGCCAUCGCCUGCGCUGCAGGUACCUGAGCAGGGCUGGCAGCACGGGGUGGGAGCACCUCCUUCUGCUUGCUGCCCUGCCUGCUUUGUGGGUUCACAAGAGCCACCAUGAAGGGCUUGUUUGCUGGAAGAAGAAGAAGAAGAAGAAGGUAGGGGAUGGAGGGAAGCACCUACACACCCCAGUUCCUCGGUGCGGUGAGCAGAGCUGGAGUGGAUGGUUCUCAUGGCUGCUUUCUCUCACUGGUGCCGUGAGCUCUCAAAGCUAGGCCUAGCUGAAGAGGUUUUAAAUGCUUCACGAGGGCUCUGUGGUUCUCUGCCUAUCCCUGGCAAAUAUGCUGGGAUAGUCCGGGGUCCAGGGAGCUUGUUCUUUCUGUUGCAGAAAAUCUGCCCAGCCCAGAGGACAGAGAGAGUGUGGCACCGCUGGUGAGGAGGAACAUAUACGGGGAUGUUGUGGAGUAGCUAGCAGAGCACAGUGCGUUGUGCCUGUGUCCUGCUUCACCCCUUCCUGCCUGCCCAGCCUGCCAGAGACUGGUGGGCUCUGUGGCCCUGCCCAGGAGCUCAGAUUAUUCGACCCUACAGUGAGAGUGUGGUGGAGGCUCUGUAGGGGUUGCUGCCUCCCAGGUGGCCUCUGCACAUCACACAUGGUAGGGUACAAUAAAAUUUGAGAGCUGAAAGCA